AUGAAUAAAAGAGGAAAGCAAUUAGCUAUUCUGAAUGUGUUAAGGAUUAAUAAAGUGGGAAUUGGAGUUUUGUUGGAAAAUAAGUUGAAGAAGGAAAAAAUAGAUGAAAUGAUGGUUAAUCUGUAUUGUGGUUGGGAUUACUACAGCAGUAGGAACUCAGAAGGCAUGCCGAUGGAGUAUAUGGUUACCUUUGUCUAUGGUCUCAACACGGUUGAAGAGAGAUUGGAGCUGUGGUGGGGUCUAUCUAGCUUACAUGUUAUAAAUAGACCUUGGUUGAUUAUGGGAGACUUUAACGCGGUGUUCAAUUUUGAUGACAGGGUGGGAGGGAGGUCUAUUAGCUCAGCUGAAUUAGUUGAUUCUAAUGCCUGGCUUGCCAUGUCUCAUCUGGUUUCUAUUAAGAGAAUUGGAUCAAAUUUUACUUGGUCCAAUAAACAAGAUGGCGAGGAUAGGAUCUACUCUAGGAUAGAUCAUGUUUUCAUCAAUGAAGACUGGAUAGAUGAGUUGCCUAAUUCAAUAGCAGAAUUUCACUGGGAGGAUUAUUCCGAUCAUUGCUUCUGCCUCAUCAAAUCUCUCAAGAUGGGAUCGCUGGGUAUUAAACCCUUCCGGUUCUUUAAUUUUUGGACAACUCAUAAAGGGUUUAAGGAGGUGGUGUGUGAGAAUUGGAAUAAACCUUUGGUAACGAGGGGUUUGUUGGGUGUGACUAGAAAACUUCUCAGAUUAAAGCAUGUGUUGAAAUUGUUCAAUAGAAGGGAAUUUGGUGAUGUUGAACAGAGAUAUCACCAAGCUAAAGGUGACUAUCAGCUGGCUCUCACUAGAGCUCAAGCUGCUCCGUCAGAUUUGGUAGCUCAGGAGGCUGAAAAGUCAGCAGCUCUUCUUUAUCAAGAGAAUGCUGAAAGAAGGGAGGAGAAUCGUAUUGUCUCCUUUCUGAAUGAGCGAGGGGAAAUUGUUGAAGAUUAUGGGGCUGUGGUUCAGCAUUUUCUGAAUCAUUUCCGUGGCUAUAUGGGCAGUUCUAGUUCAGCUAAUGGAUAUUUUAAUGCUCAUUUGGGUUUCUUUCGAGAUGGGAAAAUUCCUGAGGCUCUCAAUGAAACAAUGCUUGCUUUGGUUCCUAAAACAGAUUCUCUUAGCCGAGCAGUUGAUUAUAGGCCCAUAGCUUGCUGCAACACUCUUUAUAAGUGCAUCUCUAAAAUGAUUUGCAGCAGGCUAUCGGAGGUUCUUCCUCAUUUGAUAAGUCAAAAUCAAGGUGCCUUUGUUAGAGGGAGAUCUUUAGCUCAUAAUAUACUCAUAUUUCAAGACUUGAUUGAGAACUAUAAUAGGAAGAAUUCUUCCCCUAGAUGUGCUCUGAAGAUUGAUCUGAGCAAGGCCUAUGAUACAGUAGACUGGUGCUUCCUUGAGAGAUUAUUGAUUGGGUUUCGAUUUCCCAUCCGAUUCGUUCAAUGGGUGAUGGUUUGUCUGCGAGGCACCUCUUAUGUUCUUAUGAUGAAUGGUAGAUUGCAGGGUGGGUUUAAGGGAGUUAAAGGCCUUCGCCAGGGGGACCCUAUUUCUCCUUUGCUAUUUGUUUUGAUAAUGGAAUAUCUUACUAGGUUGCUUCAGCUAGGUGCUCAACAACAACAAGAGUUUUGA